AUGAUAGAAUGUAGUGUUCCAGUUGGUGAAAAAGUAGAAGGCGAAACUCAAGUUCGUCGUUCUGCGUUAUCUCCUAAUAAACUUGUGUCUACCCCAGCUGAAGGAGUUAACACACUUUAUGAUCUUUUACAAUAUAAUGUUAAAAAUAUUGGAACCAAAAAAGCAUGCAUGGCUUAUAGAAAUAUUGAGUCAAUAGUUGAAGAGGAAAAAGAAGUUACUAAAGUUGUAAAUGGUCGAGAAAUUAAAGAGAAAAAAACUUGGAAAUAUUUUCAAUUAUCUGAUUUUAUAUAUUUAAAUUAUGAAGAAGUUUCUGAAUUAACAAAGUCAAUUGGGGCAGGUUUAUAUAAAUUGGGAUUACGGAAAAAUAGUAAAGUUGAAAUUUUUUCUGCUACGGGCUUGAAUUGGAUGCUUGUAGCACAUGGAAUGACAAUUGUAACUGCCUACGAUACUUUAGGAGAAAGUGGUCUCACACAUUCAAUGAAUGAAACUGAAGUAACUGCCAUUUUUACAAAUGCAGAUCUUCUUCCCACGAUAAAAAUAGUUGCAGGAAAAGUUCCAUCUCUCAAACAUGUAAUUUACGAUGGUGAACCAAAAGGAAAUAUUUUAAAAGAAUUAAAAGAAUCUUUUCAAAGAAUUCAAUUUAUAUCUUUGGAUGAACUUAAAGAUUUGGGUAGAAAGAAUUCCGUUGAUCCUAAUAAACCAAGUGCUCAAGAUUAUUGCUGUAUUAUGUAUACAUCUGGAAGUACUGGAAAUCCAAAGGGCGUUUUGUUAACUCAUGCUAAUCUUGUGGCAGCAGUCGCUGGUGUUAGUAAAAUGCUUCAACAUUACCUUAUCACGCUUGGCUCAGAUGAUUGUUUACUUGCUUUCCUCCCUCUUGCUCACGUACUUGAAUUCACCGUGGAACACUGUUGCAUCUUUUGGGGGGUAACUUUAGGUUAUGGUAAUAUACGUACACUUACUGAUGCAUCUGUACGUAAUUGUUUGGGUGAUAUUCGAGCAUUUAAACCAACUUUAUUAGUGGGAGUUCCCGCAGUAUGGGAAUCUAUUAGAAAAGGUGUUUUGGCAAAAGUUAAUGCGGGAAGUCCAACAUUACAAAAAAUAUUUUAUGCCGCAUUUAAAACUAAGGGAUGGCUUUUACGUCAAGGUUUACCCGCAGGAAUUUUAGAUAAUGUAGUAUUUAAUAAAAUUAAAGAUCAAACUGGUGGUCGUCUAAAAUAUGCAUUGUCAGGUGGAGCUCCUGUAUCACCUGAAACUCAAGAAUUUUUGACAAUUACCGUAUGUCCUAUUUUACAGGGUUACGGUCUGACUGAAACUUGUGGAAUGUGCGGAAUAGCUACACCCGAUAAUAUUAGUUAUGGAACGGUUGGCGCACCAGUUCCAUGUUUAGAAGUGAAAUUAAUUGAUGAACCAAAUGCCAAUUACCUUUCCACGAAUAAACCAUGUCCUCAAGGUGAAAUAUGGAUUCGUGGAAAUUGUAUAGCUGAAGGUUAUUACAAAAAUGAAGCAUUAACAAAAGAAACAUUUACCAAAGAUAAAUGGUUUCAAACUGGAGAUAUAGGUGAAUGGAGACAAAAUGGUUCAUUAGCUGUUAUUGAUAGAAAGAAGAAUUUGGUGAAAUUAUCUAAUGGAGAAUAUAUUGCAUUGGAAAAACUUGAAUCUAUUUAUAAAUCCAUUACUUAUGUAUCAAAUAUUUGUGUUUACGCUAAUUCAUUUCAAGCUCGCCCGGUGGCUUUAAUAGUUCCAUUACAUGAUAGAAUUUUGGAAUUUGCUAAAGAAAAAGGACUUGAUAAUUUAGAUGAGGAAGAGUUAUACAAAAAUAAAGAAAUUUGUACGGAAGUUUUAAAUGCUUGUACUGCUCAAGCCAAGAAAGCAAAUUUGAAACCAGCUGAAAUGAUAUCUGCUAUUACUUUAUUAACAGAUGAGUGGACUACACAAAAUGGUCUUUUAACUGCAUCACAAAAACUUAAGCGUAAAGAUAUUCAAGAAAAAUAUAAAGAAGAAAUUGAUCGCAUGUAUGGAAUCAAGAAAUGA